CGAGACUAAUUAAAUUAUGAUUUUGAGAAAUAAUUACAGUAGGAGUUGGAAAUUAUCCGUUUCCAUAUUUCGUCUGCCUUUGGUAAUGGUGCACAUGAAGUGUAAAGCCAUAAAAAUGAAUUCAACGAUUUAUCAAAUGCCGCACAGUCAGCUUGAUUCCCCGCCUAUAUUGGUGUUACAUGGAUUGGCUCACUCACAAUCCAUUUGGCGCCGUCCGGCUCGGCAUAUAAUGAAGCAAGGUUCACGCUGGUUAAUAGUCGCGGAUGCUCGUAAUCAUGGCGAGAGUCCGCAUUGUGCGAAUCAUAAGCCCGCCGACAUGGCUGCUGAUGUGGAGGCCUUGAUCGAGGAGAAAAAGUUAAAACGCAUUGUUGCCUUGGGUCAUGACAUGGGCGGGCGGGCGAUGAUGACGCUGGCGUUGACCAGGCCCUAUCUCGUGGAACGUGUCAUCGUUGUGGACAUAACUCCAGGACCGCUGCCCCCGGAAGUGGUCAAUGCAAGCAGGAUGUUUGAGUUUAUGGUGAAAGUGUUGCCGACAAUACCUAAAAAUCUAUCUCUGGUACAGGGUCGUAAAUUCAUACUUCCUCAGAUCAGAAAGUUUAUUAAAAACGAAGCUCAACUCAUGAUGGUUAUUAAGAACUUGAGCAUUGCCGAUAAUGGCACUUUCUUCUGGGCCGUAAAUGCCCAGGCGAUUUACAAUGACUGGGAGGAUUUAAUGGUCAAUUACAAGCAAACAAUAAAGGGACUACAACCAUACCAAGGCGACACCCUGUUGAUUGCGGGACAGAAGACAAAUUUCGUAACACCACAGAAUGUCGAGAUAAUGAAGAAAUAUUUUCCCAAAUUGCAUGUUGAGUACUUGAAUGCAAAUCACAAAGUUCAUGUGGAUCAGCCCCAGCAGUUUGUCCAGUUAGUAGUUGACUUUACCAUGGGUACGUGAUGUUAAGAGCUAUAAUUAACGACAGUCAAAUAAAUUCUCUAAUUCCAUUUAAAGAACAUUACAAAAUAUAUUAAAAUGAAAAUAAAAUAAAAAA